AGCCUUUAGGACUUUGUACCAAUCGAUCUUCACUACCUUCGUGUGGAUGAUGGGAGAGUUUGAAUACAAAGACGUGUUGGUGGACAAUCCACCUACCUAUCUGCCUGGUCUCUACUACUUCUUCUUUUUUCUUUAUGGCAUUUUUGUUCCAAUUAUUUUCUUGAAUCUGCUCAUUGGUCUUGCUGUUGGUGAUAUUAGUCGGAUCCAGUCGUCUGCAGAAUUACAAGUGUACGCUAAACAGGUCGAACGUUUAAUACAGAUUGAGAGGGGAUUCCCUGAAGCACUACGCAUGCGCACCAGGGUGUACGAACAUACCGACUACCCCAAUAUGAAGUUAAGUUUACGAAAAAAGGUAAGUUGAUCAGUAUUUCAUCUUGGAAUUAGAUGACUUUCUAAAUACCAAUCAAAAACCCAAAAUAAAGGUAGUACCUUUUUUCCUCUUUACUCUGCUCAGCAUGUACACCUAUUUCAAAAACCGUUGUCAUCAUCAAAGGCAAUAGGUGAUAAAAGGCGAUAGGUGAUAAAAGGCGAUAGGUGAUAAAAGGCGAUAGGCGAUAGGUCAUUCCGAGACGGAAAUGGUUUCGUUGAAUACACGCAACAUUAAAUCGGUCUCAACACUAAGGUCCAUGUUCUUGACGAGAAUAAGAAGCAGAUUAAACACAAGUCAUUCCAGCUAUUCUUAGAUCUUGGAAUGAACUAUUUCAUAUUGCUUUUCGCCUAUCGCCUAUCGCCUUUGGCGAUGACAAUGUUUAUUGAAAUAGACCUCUUGCAUAAGACAAAACAAAAGAAUUCCAAUCUCCUUAGAAUUGGAACCUAUUGUUUUGUCCCCCGGAUUGAGCUGCAUUCCAAAGUACUGCAAGGGGUCUAUUGAAAUAGGCAUAAUAYAUGUAUGGCAUUUUUGUUACCCUUUACACCAAUACUGUUCACUCUAAUUAGAGCGAUUAUCGCUCGUGGGAAUUAAAGGAGACCCUGCCACUCUGCCUGCAGGGUAUUGUUAUUAAUAUGGUAUGUGAAGCAUCUUUCUAGGACAAGGAGAUGUAGAGGCUUUGCACCAUCACAUGAUGGCAGCCAAG